AUGACGAUCACAGAACAUAAACCGAGGGACGUACCGAAACAGGAUGUCAAACAAGCAGACGCAUACGUGGUGCAGAAGAGCGCGGAAGGUGGCGGUAUCGUGACCACGAGCAACAACAUGAAUUCCCGAAUCAACAAGCAACUGGACCAGUUGCCUGAAAAUUUGAGGUUUAACGGGAAAACGCCAAGCGGCAGGCCAAGACUGUUUGUUUGCGAGGUGUGCACGAGGGCGUUUGCGAGACAGGAACAUCUUACGAGGCACGAGCGCUCUCACACAAAGGAAAAGCCAUAUUGUUGUGGCAUAUGCAACAGGAAGUUUAGUAGGAGGGACCUUCUAUUGCGACAUGCCCACAAGAUCCAUGGCGGCAAUUGUGGUGACAAUAUUCUGAUACGAAAAAACGAAAAGACGCAAGCAAGGGCAUCCAGAGGAACAGAAGCAGCAACACCAAUAACAACAACAACGCGAAUAACAGCCUCACCAACAAAUCCAACAACAGCACCUACUCCAACGCCAAGACUAAACCAGGUUCAGGUACAGACACAGCCGCCGAUGAAAAAUAGAAUUCGUCCAGGUCACGAAAUUUCCGACAAACCUGUGAAAAAGAGAAAACUUUCAGCUUCUGCAAUAUCAAAUACAAUUGAAAAUUCCGUACCACCACCAAAGUUGGGUAAAACUUCUAGGUUCAAAGUAAAAAGACGUGUUUCCUACAGUGCACAGUCUGGCAGUUACGUCGCACCUACUCAAAAUCAAGAUAUUCAUAAAGCAGAUAGAUUAAAAUUUUCAACGCCAGAACUACUACCAAUUGAUUUCAAAGAUUUCAAUCGUGACGGUAGUUAUUUCAAUACAAUAGGUGAUAAAAAGGCAAAGAUCCAGGUAAAUAAUUUUGAUAUUUCCAGUAAUACAAACACAACAGUUGAUGAAGAUUCAAAUAUUGUUUUCAGCUCUGCAAUCCCUAAUCUGCAACUCAAUACUCCAAAUGAAUUCAAUUUGUUAGAUCAAGUUAAUUGGAUUAACGAUUACAAUGAGAACUCAGCAGCAUUCAGUUCCAAUACAGAAACAGCAUUGACGGUUAAAAGUGAAUCGACAGGGACUAACAACUCUCCGUAUUCACUUUCUAACAGCGACAACAACAUUAAUAACAUUAAUAACAGUAAUAACAGUAAUAGCAGUAAUAACAGUAGUAGCGGUAAUAAUGAUAAUAACGAUAAUAACAAUAGUAACGAAGAUAACGAAGAUAACGAAGAUAAUGAAGACAACGAUAAUAAAGACAAUAUUGAUAAUAACGACAAUAACGAUCACAUCGGUAAUGACAAUGACAACGAUCAUAACUAUAAAUACAAUGAUCAUGAUGACAAAGCCGAGAUUAGUCAGUUUAAUCAUUGCGAUAAUGACAAUGAUAGCAUAAUUGAAGUUAAUAAAAUUCAUCCAUUAUCGUCAACGAACAAUGCAAGAAACAGAAAUUCUUCUUGGUCAGUUAAUUGUGACGACGGUGGUUUACAAAUGAAAUCUUUAUUUAUGAGCGGGAAAUCUUCCUCGUAUUCUUCAGCUGACAGCGGUAGUAAUAAUAAUAAAAGUGCCAUUAAAAAAAAGAGCACAAAUGUUGCAAGUAUUUUUCCCAAUGAAAAUAAGAAUUCAGAUUGGUUUCACAUAUCUACUGGUGAUAUUAACGAUCAAAAUCAGGCAGACUUUAAUACAGAUGUUGAAAUGAAUGAUUUGACCAAUUUGACUAAUGACGUACAAUCAAUUUUCAAUAAGUUUAUUCAAGACGAAGAAACUCAUUUGUAUGAUGAAACUGUUCCUGAAGACCCAUUGAUAGGUAACAUGGCAAAUAACGUCUCUGCUCAGAAUGAAUGUUUAAACUCAUCUCCCUCUUUGAAACAGUCAACUGCAAACGCAAAUCAGAACGUACUUUCAAACACACGUACCAAGACAGGCACUCAUACAUUAAACAAUAAUUAUUCAUUUUAUGGAAUCGAUUAUUUAAGUCUAUCAAAUAUUUCAAGAGCAACUCCACCAAAUGAAUUCGAAGUUAAAGAUCUACCAUCGUCCAUUCUCUUUAGUAAAGAAUUGCGAGAGAUGUGCUUAAAAUCGUUACGCUACUACAACUCAUAUUAUACCAGUAAUGGUAACAAUGAUCCAAUAUUAAAUUCCAAAGAAUUGGUUCUACCAAGCUCUAAUGAAUUGAAUUGCUAUGUGUCAUAUUUCCAGGAAUAUUUCAAUGCUCAUCAUUCUUUUAUUCAUCCUGAUUUUUUUCAUUUAGAUUUGAAGUCAUUGAAGAGAUAUGUUAGAGAAGAAGAAGAAGACGUAGAGUACCGAGAUUUUAACGAUUCGAAGAUAGAUGAUCAAUAUAACAAUGACUCUGAUCUCCAGUUUUCUAAUCUUGUUUGCUUACCACUUUUCAUUGCAACUUUCGGUUCACUAUAUAAAUCUGGUUGUAAUUCAAAAACAAUGGAACUAUACGAGAGUAGUAGACGUGUAUUGCAUGUUUAUUUGGAAAGGAGAAAAGAACAAAAGCUCAAAGAGAAUGAGAGUGGUCGCAGUACUAAUUCUAAUUCAAAAGUGAAACAAAAAGUAUGGCUAAUUCAAUCACUGAUUUUAAGUGUAAUCUUUGCAUUAUUUUCUGAUUACUCAGAAGAAUUUGAUACUGGAAUGAUUAAGAGGCAGGUAUCUGCUGUUUGCUCGAUAGUUAGAAACAAUUUCUUAAAUGAGAUAUCGUACACAUUCCUAGAGCAGACAUCACCUGGUUCAAAUGACCGAAAAGAUUUUGAUAUACCAGUUAAAUUCUCAAACUUUAAUUCAUCGUUUGACUAUAUCAUGUUUGAAUCCAAAAUAAGAACAAGUUUGAUGGCAUACAAAUUUUGUCAAUUUUUAAAGAUUUUUUAUCAUGUUGAUUCAACAUUAUUUCUUUGUGAGCGAGACCUUGAGAAUAUUUGCAUUUCAGAUGAUGAAUUUACUUGGAGUAAAGCAUCUUUAAUUGUACCAAUGUCUUCGGUGAUCAAAAAAUAUACUAGUAGCUUUAAGAUUUUUUGCAACAGUUUCAAUUUCAAUAAGUCAGGUAUGCACCCAAUUCCGGAAUCGUUGGCAACCGCUAUGCUCUAUUAUGAAUUCAAUGCAAGUACUUAUUCAACUUUUCACGUAUUUUUAACAAGAAUUGAUACAAAAAAGCUAGAAAUGAAUUUAUCAUGUUCACAAUCACAAAGUGAGUUUUCGAACAAUAAUAAUUAUGAAACAAAUUAUUCUCGAAUUCUGAAUGGUGAUGCAGUAAAACUGAGAAAUUUCUUAAUGACUAUGGUCUUCUUCGGCAGGAUUGACGUUAACUUUGGCUCCAAAAUUUGGAAUGGCCAAUUGAAGGAUGUCCAUGAAUAUUUUUUAAGCUCAAAGAAUUUCAAUAUCAUGAAAAAGGGCUCCUAUAAUCUUUUAACAGAUUUCCUCGUUGCCAUAAAUUUUUCUAUUAAAAAUAUUGCAAAGUUAUUAACGUUAAACGAUAAUGGAACAGUUGCUGAAUUGAAUAAGAAUGUUUUAUCAAUGUUCAAUCUGCAAGGGUACUACUACAAUUUUCUCGUUAUAAUCAAGUUUAUCAACGAUUUUGAGUCGACUCCAAAUUUUAAGUUGGUUUGCAUUUAUACGGAGUUGAAAAAACUAGCAAAUAAUCUGCUCAUUCCUUACUUCUCAAAAUUGUAUCCUGAUGAGUUUGCAAAAUUCGAAGAUGUCUCACUAACGUCUGAAUUUUUACAGCGACAUGUCAAGUCAAAUUUGAGAACAUGCUUUUUUACCAUUGAUACAGACAAGUUAGAAAAAUCUAUCAACAACGUAUUGGUUUAUUCUUUUAAUGAUGCCACCUUUUUGAACAUGGCGGAACAACCAACUAAUGAGUUUUCAUUUGACAAUAAAUAUCCAACAUACUGUCCCGCCGUGUUGAGUAAUGAGCUGGGUUCAGAAAGUUCCUUGAACGGGGUACACACGUUUUAUUCACAAAAUCAGAAACCGUCUUGGUUUGAUGCGAAGAGUGGGGCAAAUAAUGAGUUGCAUCAAGAAUCAAAUGAGAGCACUCAUGGUAACAAUGCUAAUGAUGAAUCCAAGGGUGAUGAUCUAUUACCAACCAAAUCGACUUUGGACUUAUUACUUUAUCACAGUAAUAAUUUAAAUGGUGGUAGCAAAAAGCAGGGGUUUUCUGAUCGAUAUCAUUUAUUGGAUAAAUAUAUCUCCAUUGCAAUAUGCUUUUUGAAAAACGUGAAAGAGGAGUAUGCUCAUUCUCACAUUUUGGAUAAAAUGGUUAAUGAUUUUAAACGUCUGGAAAAAUGUCUCGAAGAUGAAAGAGCCCAUGAAGUUUUGUCGAAACUUGAGGUUAGCGGCGAUGUUAGUGGUGGUGCAGAUAUGGAUUCAGAUUUUCACAGAUUUACCAGUGACAAUUUAUCAGCUGUAAAAAUGAAUUCAUGCCUGAGCAUUAAUGCAACUGAUGAUGCCUUCUCUAAAGAAUUGCAAAUGAAAUUUCUACAGCCCAAGGUCUGA